AUGUCCUUGAUAAACGUCACUCGGAUCAUGUCACGGCCGCUUGUCAGGCUGUUUCCAGUGUCGCGGUCUGUCCUGUGCCAUCGCUGUAGUGUUGCCACAGCACCGCCGACAGCUGUUAAAUCUCGAAGCCAUCCAAACCCUGGGAAUUUCGCAAAUCGUUCAUAUGAAGAACUAUCUGCCAUAGGCCACAAGGGUGGGAAGAAGGGGGGUAAAGCCACAGGUGUCGGUGGAUUCCAUAACAUGGAUCCUGAGAAACAGCGUGGAAUUGCCGCAAAAGGUGGUCGUGCUGGUGGUCGGGCUGGUCAGAAUAGGACAUUAGACCGGGGAGAGACUGAGUUAGAGGCUGAGAAGCGUGCCCGGUCGCAUGAGCCUUCGGUGGUCCCACCUGGAUUCGAGGAGUGGAAGACAUGUGCUUGA